AUGAAAAGUGAUAACAAACAACAACAAGUUGUUUGGUCUUCUGAGAAUGUUACAAAUUGGCUAAUUUCAAAUGGCUGGAGUUCUCUUGUAAAUGCAUUUAAUGAAAAGUUUAAAUUAGAAUACAACAUUCAGCAUGAUCGUUUUCUUAAUUUAAACAUGGAAACUCUAAACGAUUUAUUAAAAAAUACAGACAUUUCAACACUAGACAAGCAACAACUUGUUACUGCUAUACAAAAAUUAAAAAGACAGAGUCAAGUACAGCGAUUAAAACCACGUAUUGCUAUACCUUCAUUUUUCAAACGAACUCCAAACCGUAAUUCAAAAAGCUCUAUUACAAGUACUUCAACUUAUUCUUCAACUAAUUCCUUAUUAUUACCUACCACUACUGCUACAAAUUAUACUACUAAUUUCGAUAUCACACAACAUAUACCCAAAAGAACAUCAUCAACUGAGACAAAUAUCUCGAAACUACUCGAAAAUUUUAAUCCUUCAAGCACAACACUUUAUUUAUCAUCUAAAAGACCAAAGAGUUCACGUAUUAAUGUUACUGAUCCGGAAGUAUUAAGCAAAUUAUUUGGUAAACGAUUACCAAUAUCACAACAGCCUCAAGAUCAUCGAAUUCAGGUUACUUUAGAUGCUGACACUUUUAUUCGAUUAUGGAUUAAACAUCCAAGUAAUGCUCUUGAUAUUAAGCAUGCUGUAUUAUUUAAAUUAAAUAUUGACGCUGACCCGAAUUAUUUUUUAUUUUAUCAUGAAAAUGGGCCGCAAGCAAAUGAUAAUCAUACAAAUCGAAUUUUAGUUGUUCCAAUAGAGGGCUAUACUUUAGUUCAGCAAUAUCAAAAUAAUAGCUACAUGACUCGAUAUAUACUUAUUCAGAAUAGUCCAGUACCGAGUCCAAUCUCUUCUUCUUCUAUUACGGGUAUUCAAUUAAUGGAUCCUCAUGAAGAAUAUAAUGAAGAACUAUCACCUAUUCCUUCUUCUAAUUUUUGGACUACUACACCAUCAACGCUAGAUCAAGCAAAAGCUUCUACAGCAUCCCCUUCUUCAUCAUGGUAUGUUCAUACCUCUAAUGUAUCAUCUUCACCUGUAAGUACUCUAUGGCCUGUAGGUGAACUACGUACAGAAAAAAGUGGUGAUUCACCUGGUAUGGAACGUAUUAUAGAAGGUAUUUCUUUAUAUGAUCCUCCUACACCAAUUCAAGAUCAGCCUACAUCUCAACUUCCUAAUAACACAACAAUACAUGUUGAAUCGCCUCCUUCUCCAAAUGAUACUGAAAAAAGGGCACUAAAGUUAGAUAAAAGCAAAAACGAUCAACCAUUAUUAUCAUCUUCUUCUUUUGAUUUAGUAUCAAAACAAACAAGUGAAGAUGAUAUAUUUGGUGAACGACCUUCAGUUGAAAAAUUAUAUCAAAAUAUUGACAAAUAUUUACCUGGACAUGAUUUAGAUAAAGAAAUUUUGAUAGAAACAAUCAAUAAUAAUAAUAAUAAUACAAUUGCAAUAACUGAUAUAAUAGUGCCUACUGCGUCUAAACGAUUAUUAGGUCACCAACCUUCAGUUCGGGUUGUAGCGAAAGAAGCUCAUCAACGAUGGAAGCAAGCAGCAAAUAACGUCAUGAUAGUCAAUAACUUUAUGCUACGACGUAAAUCAACCAAGAUGUGGGAUCGACCUGUAGAGCGCGUCAAACCUGGAGAAGAGAAUCGGAUUAUCUUACCAAACGGUAUUACACCUACAAAGAUGCAAUGGAUGAAAGGUAACCUUAUUGGGCGUGGAUCAUUUGGACGGGUCUAUCAUGCACUCAAUAUUGCCACAGGUGAAUGGCUUGCAGUGAAAGAGGUAGACGUUGUGGUAACACAAGCAGACAAACGGAAUGCAGAUCUUCAAGCUGCCUCGGAUGCACUUUACCGUGAGAUAUCUUUAUUGAAAGAUUUGGACCAUAUGAAUAUUGUUCAAUAUAUGGGAUAUGAUUGUAAUACAGAUGAGGGACAGAUUUACAUCUUUUUGGAAUAUGUUCCAGGUGGAAGUAUUUCUAGUUUAUUAAAUCAAUAUAAAUUCUUUGACGAACCGUUGAUUAAGUUUUUCACAAGACAAAUAUUACAAGGAUUACAAUAUUUACACGAACGCCAUAUUAUCCAUCGAGAUAUUAAAGGAGGCAAUGUACUGAUUGACCAAAAUGGAAUAUGUAAGAUAACAGACUUUGGUCUCUCCAAGAAUCAGCAAGAAAGUGGAGUCUAUGAUCCACAUUCAAAUCAUUCACAGAUGAAGGGAACUCUUUACUGGAUGGCACCAGAAGUAUUAACAAAUAACUAUAGUGCUAAAGUAGAUGUAUGGAGUUUAGGAUGUACAGUGUUAGAAAUGAUUACAGGACAGCAUCCUUGGACAGAACUCACUACAUUAGCUGCUUUAUAUCAAAUUGGAUUACAUAAUGCACCAGAUAUACCUGACUAUAUCUCAAACGAAGCUAAGGAGUUCUUACAGCUAUGUCUUAAAAUUAAACCAGAAGAUAGACCUACUGCAAGUGAAUUAUUACAGCAUCCUUUUGUUCAAGUUGAUCCAAAUUUUAACUUUAAAGAAUCUUUAAAACAACAACAGCCUAAGCUAAUUUAA